CUCUGGAGGGCGGCGCCUGCCGCGGCCGGAGACGCGCGGGACCCGCGGCUGCUACAAAAACCCCACCCCGCCCGCCUCUCGCCCGUGCUCAGCCGGACUCGGAGUCUGCAGCCGCCGCCGCCGCCUGCUCGCCUUCUCUCAAGAUGUCAACGGUCCACGAAAUCUUAUCCAAGCUCACCCUUGAGGGAGAUCACGCUCUCCCUCCAAGCGCCUACGCCACAGUCAAGGCAUACGGGAACUUUGAUGCGGAUCGCGAUGCUGCAGCCCUCGAAACCGCAAUCAAGACCAAAGGUGUGGAUGAAGUGACAAUUGUCAACAUCCUGACCAACCGCAGCAAUGAGCAGCGUCAGGACAUCGCCUUCGCUUACCAGAGGAGAACUAAGAAGGAGCUCUCUGCAGCUCUGAAGUCUGCUCUGUCUGGGCACCUGGAGACUACUAUCCUGGGUCUGCUGAAAACACCAGCUCAGUAUGAUGCUUCGGAACUGAAAGGGUCCAUGAAGGGUCUGGGAACAGACGAAGACACGCUCAUUGAGAUAAUCUGUUCACGGACAAACCCGGAGCUGAACGCAAUCAACAGAGCCUACAGGGAAAUGUACAAGACUGAAUUGGAAAAAGACAUCAUCUCAGAUACAUCUGGUGAUUUCCGCAAGUUGAUGGUGGCUUUAGCCAAGGGAAGGAGAAAUGAGGAUGCUUCCGUGGUUGAUUAUGAGCUGAUUGAUCAAGAUGCCAGGGACUUGUAUGAUGCUGGUGUGAAGAGAAAGGGAACGGACGUGCCCAAGUGGAUCAACAUCAUGACUGAAAGGAGUGUCCCCCACCUCCAGAAAGUGUUUGAGAGGUACAAGAGCUACAGCCCUUACGAUAUGCUGGAGAGCAUCAAGAAGGAAGUGAAAGGAGACCUGGAAAAUGCCUUCGUUAAUCUCGUCCAAUGCAUUCAGAACAAGCAGCUGUAUUUUGCGGACCGAUUGUACGACUCAAUGAAGGGCAAAGGAACCCGAGACAAGGUCCUGAUCAGGAUUAUGGUCUCCCGCAGUGAGGUGGACAUGCUGAAAAUUAAGAGUGAAUUCAAGAGGAAAUAUGGGAAGUCCCUGUAUUACUUCAUCCAGCAAGACACAAAGGGCGAUUACCAGCGGGCACUCCUGAACCUGUGCGGAGGAGAAGAUUGAACACUGUGAUGGGAAUGGAAAGAGUUCCAGCCCCGAGAUAUGCUCCCCCCUUUUUUUUACCCCGCUUCAGCCCUGAUCUCCUUUGCAGAACUAGAGCCAUUGGCACGGUAGCCUUUGCUAACUCAUCUUCCCUACCCUGUCUACUCCAGGCGGAUGCUGCUGGUUGCUUUUGUAUCAUUCCCUCCCUUGGCUCAGGCUUUGCUUGGCUUUUACCCAAGUAGCUAAUCUCAGCAGAAGUAAUCAGGCCAAAGGAGUUAACAUUCCAAAGAGAGGGAGAAGGAGAGGGAGGCAAUCCUUACAUGCGCAGUGGAAGAUUCUGCCUCUUUUUGUGUGCAAUGUUCUUGUUGGAAAGCCAAAUAAAAUGGAAUUUUUACUUUAAGAAAAACA